UGGGUUCCAUCCCCAGCACCACAAAAAAGUAAAGUGUGGGAAGGCAGUGCUUCCCAAACUUACCAAAGGAUUCUCUUGGAAUAUUUAAAGUUUAAUUCCUAGGCUUCUCCUCUGACAACCUAAAUUCAGAAGGCAUGAAAGGAUCCCAGAAACAGUAGUACUAAAAUUAAGUUGCUUCAGUGAUUACUAUGGUCAGGCCAGCAUGGGAAACCCCUGCUCAUUUCUCUCAGACCCAGACCAAGCCACAAAGCCAGAGAAGAAUCUCCUGCUCUGGGAUCAUGCAGAGGCAGCCACUGCUACCCUAGAAACAGGAACUUGGGCAAGGUGGCUCCUCAAUGGUCUCUGAUGCCGUCAGAGGAAGUGAGUGGUUGUGAGAACCACAAUCUGCAGACAGGAGCCAGAGCUCAGAGGAGGCAUGCCUGUGUCUGUGACAGUCACAGAUCCCUAGGCCACCUGCCUUGUCCUGCUGUGCUGGUGAGGAUUGCCCAAUCUGGGGUCCCUAAGGAGCCUGGGUCCCUGUCCUAUCCUGGAGUACAAACUGCUGAUCACAAGAUAGAUGCUGAACUAAGCCACUCUGACAUCAAGAGUCCUUCUGAAGUUCCUCUGAGUCUGAGUUCUGGGUGGCCUAGGACCAAGGACAUUGGCAGAUUUCCAGAAGGGACCCCCAAAGCCCUAAGCUGACCAGCCAAAGCAUGGUUUUAGCUGAUGUCCUGCCCAAGUCUCUGAUGACAAGAAACUACUUCUCUUUCAGGUCUCCCUGGGUGGUGUGCUUCUAACAGUUCUGCUGAGGAAGGAUGGGAAGCCUGCCCAGCCGAAGGAAAACCCUGCCAAGCCCAAGUUCCAGCCCUCCUGUCCCAGGCCAAGGACCUGAGCUCAUGCAAGCAGAGAAGAGCAAGGCCACAGCUGUGGCUCUGGGCAGUUUCCCGGCAGGCGGCCAGACUGAGCCGUCUCUGAGACUAGGAGAGCCAUUGACCAUCCUGUCUGAGGAUGGAGACUGGUGGACAGUGCUGUCAGAAGUCUCAGGGAGAGAGUACAGUGUCCCCAGCAUGCACGUGGCCAAGGUCUCCCACAGGUGGCUGUAUGAGGGCCUGAGCCGGGAGAAGGCGGAGGAACUGCUGUUGUUGCCUGGGAACCCUGGAGGGGCCUUCCUCAUCCGGGAGAGUCAGAGCAGGAGAGGCUGUUAUUCCCUGUCUGUCCGACUCAGUCGCCCUGCAUCUUGGGACCGGAUCAGACACUAUAGGAUCCAGCGCCUUGACAAUGGCUGGCUGUACAUCUCACCACACCUCACCUUCCCCUCACUGCAGGCCCUGGUGGACCAUUACUCUGAGCUAGCAGAGGACAUCUGCUGCCUCCUCAAGGAGCCCUGUGCACUACAGAGGCCUGGCCCAAUUCCUGGCAAGGAUAUCCCCCUACCAGUGACUGUGCAGAGGACAUCAAUCAAUUGGAAAGAGCUGGACAGCUCCCUCUUGUUUUCGGAAGCACCUGCCACAGGGGAAGCAUCUCUUCUUAGUGAAGGGCUCCGGGAAUCCCUCAGCUCCUACAUCAGCCUGACUGAGGACACCUCUUUGGACAACGGCAAGAUUAAAAGCAAAGGUCGAAAAGGAAACCAAGUCUGUGGCACUUAGAACCCCAACUCAGCUCAUCAUGGGCAUCCCGGGGGGCAAAGCAUCCAGCUCCACCUUGAGCCUUUGCUCCUCCCUCACUUGGCUCCAAGAAGUCAUUUACUUCCUCUCAGGCAAUGACUCUAUCUAUGACCUCUAGUUCAAGUGGAGGGCAGUUGAGAACAGAGCCAGAGCUCCAAAGAAAGUAAACAGCCAGGUGCAGUGGCACAUGCCUGUAAUCCCAGCUACUUGGGGCCCUGAAGCAGGAGGAUCUAGAGUUCAAGGCCAGCCUGAGCAACUGAGUGAGACACUGUCCCAAAAUAAAACAUUUCAAAAAGGGCCAUGGAUGUAGCUCAGCAGCAGAGCACACGUGGUGCUUAACCAUAUGCAAGGUCCUGGGUUCAGUCCCCAGUACUGCACACACACAAAGCAAACACCCAGUCAGUUCCCAAAUUUGGGAUUUCCAGUACCACCCAAUCUACUGCCUACCAAGUCACUCUACCUCCCUGCUAACCAGCCUCACCUACAAGGUAGAAACCACUACUAGCACCAAGGAGAAGCAAAUCAUUUAAAGAAACUGUACAAGAACAAAUAAAAGGUCUGGGGUUGUGGCUCAGCGGUAAGGCGCUCAAGGUGUUGUGUUCGAUCCUCAGCAUCAUAUAAAAACAAAUAAACAAACAAAUAAAUCAAGCAAAGGUAUUGUGUCCAACUACCAAAUAAAUAAAUAAAUAAAAUAAAGAACCGUACAAGUCUUGAUCAGAAUACUGCCACACCUUGGGGAGGGACAGUGGCUCAUGAGGGAAAGGAGAGCAGAGGGGCUGACGGCUUACCACAGCAGCAGAUCCUGGGUCGUCUAGCCUCCAUUUGACUCCCAGAGCAAAGAGAAGGACUGCUGAUAAUCCAGGUCACGAAGCACCCUCCUUGCCCCUACCACCCCUGCCAGCACUUCUUUGCACAGCCUCAGCUCUCUUUAGUUUUGUAGCUUAUCAUUCAAACCUAGCCAAGCUUUCCCAACCACCCCGAUCUUGCCAUCUUGUGAUCAAAUACAAAAUGACAUUUUGGGGCAUAACACACUGUGGGCCAGGCCCUUUCUCAGUGCUGGGCAGGGGCAUCAGAAGUGGUAAUCACUCUUUCCACAACCCCAAGACCAAGGCCAUGCCUGUUCCCUAAAGAGAAAGACACUUGGCUGAAGCUGCUGAGGGAGCAGACCGGGGAAGGGGGGAUAGGCGGAGGCGGCACCUCUGGUACUUCUACUUGGUUCAGAGGCUACAGGUGGGUAGGAAAGGCUUUACCAGGUAUCAUCGACAGGUUCUCAGUUAAAGAUUUAUUUAUUCAAGUAUCUGAAAACAUUCUACAAUGCAAACUGUUAUCAGAUGCUGCUUGUACUGUGCUAAUGACCGCAUACAUACUGCCAUACUGUUUUCAGAAGACUUGAAAUGCCACUGAUAGUUAAAAACUGUACACCUGAUGGAGAACCAAGGAAGACAAUUUAAUGUUUCAUCCCGAUCCAGAGGUGCAUCAAAUUAAAUGACAGCUCCACUCAGCAAACAGCUGUUACAUGAUGGUAUCCAAGAAGAAAGUUGGUGAUGGACAAAUUCAGAAAUGCUUCCCCCAAAGGCAGAUGAUUCUUUAAAAAGUUUCAGGUCAUGACCCUUGCAGAAAACACUGACGCCCAACACACUGAUUCUCAGUCCAGGAAACACGGGUCUUCCAGGUUCCAUGUGGCUGGGGUGUCCCAAUGAUGAUGUUUCUGCUGUAAUUAAGAGGGUCCUUUGGACUGGACAGGGAGCAGGUGGGAACUGUACAUCUUCAGUCAUAGUGAAUGGCAGUGUAAAAGAUGAUCCAAAUGACCUACAGGGAAGACAAACAAUGUUGAUGUGGCACCUGGAUCUACAGAGGCCUAUAAGUCCACAAAAUAACAAUGUCAGAUAAGAAUGUGCACAGGGCACUCCCCAGGGGCUACCCAAUGCAUAACCUGCAGGAGACCUAAGUUAUUUCAUCAAAAUCGGCUGUCUCAGAUCACAGGACCGCUCCCUUAUGCUCCAAAAGGGACCCUCUGAAUACCCACCUCCCCUCACCAAACAGCGCCCUGAGCCCCAGAGAGUACUGUGGGGUAUACAGGUGGAAUUGAUACAAGUAGAGCUGGACUGCUAGCAGGUGCUCAAUUUACUAACAAGUGUAAAAAUAGCCUUCAUACUUUUAGCUUUCCAUCAAAACAGAGAUUAUUAUAUUUUAUUUUACGUUUUGUAGAUGGACAUGAUACCUUUAUUUAUUUUUAUGUGGUGCUGAGGAUCAAACCCAGUGCCACAUGCUAGGCAAGUGCUCUGCCACUGAGCCCCCACCACAGCCCAAAGCAGAGGUUCUUAAACCUAGCUACCCUUUCAAUCUCUCGGAACCUUUAAGAAAAACAGGAUUUCCUGAUGCCACCUCCCAAGAGAUUUUUUUUUAAUGUUUAUUUUUUAGUUCCAGGUGGACACAAUAUCUUUAUUUUGUUUUUAUGUGGUGCUGAGAAUCGAAUCCAGUGCCUCACGUAUGCCAGGCGAGCGCGCUACCACUUGAGCCACAUCCCCAGCCCCCAAGAGAUUUUAUUGGUUUGGACCAGGGUCUGGACACAGGAUAGGUGUAUUUAAAAAAAAAAACCAAAACAAAACAAAAAAAACCUUUGAAUAUAUAAUUCACAUACCAGGAAGUUUACUCUUUUUUUUUUUUUUUUAAAGCAUAUAGUUCAGAGGUUUUUAGUACAUUCAUGAAGUUGUGCAGACAUCCUCACUAACUGAUCCAAAAAUAACUCUCCAAAAAGAGCCUGUUCCCAUGAUUAGUUAUUACUUCCUAUUUCUCGCUCACCUCAGCCUCUGGCAACCACUAAUCUAUUUUCUGUCUCUAUGGACUUGCCUAUUUUGGACAAGUCACAUAAAUGGUAUCAUACAAUAAAUAUGGUCUUCUGUCCGGA